GCUUGGUUUCUCCUCUCACCUCCUACAAGUGGGCAAGUGAGGUUUAUAGCCAAGGAGCAGGCUGAUGGUUGGUGGAUUGAAAGUUAGGUUUGUUGAAGUGUGGACAGUUGUGAAGGAAUAUGUUAGGUUGAGUAUGAGGAAAUCAAAGUAAACGGGAGACUUAGGAAGGCCUAUUUGUUAGGAUUCUUCUUGGCAUCCUUUGUCUUCAGAGAUGGUGUUCCUUUCUUCUGGGUUUAGGGAGUGUAUUUCAUAGAUGAGGGUUUUAUGACCGGUUUCAGGGAAGAAGGGUCAGGUGAGGAGGUCAGAAUGACCUUCCUGCUUCUGUCAUUUUCUCAGAUUCCCUUAGCUUAAAAUAUUCAAUAUGCUAAGUUGCCACAUUUUGGGGUAGUAUGUCCUGAACCCUAUGACAUUCACCAGUUAGCUGUUGAAUGACUAUUAUGUGCUGUAUCUUAUUUUAAGCACUGGGGAUACAGCAGUGACCAGAACAAAGUCCUUCCUCUUACAGAGUUGACAUUUCAGUGCGAUGAGCUCAUAAACAAAUUAGCAAAUAAGGAUCAUCAAAUGAUAAGUGCUGUGAAAAAGCAAAACAGACAAAUCCUUAGGAGAAGAUGACCGUGUUCUUUAAAACACUUAGAAAUCAUUGGAAGAAAACAACAGCUGGGAUCUGCCUGCUGACAUGGGGAGGCCAUUGGCUGUAUGGAAAACACUGCGACAACCUGCUAAGAAGAGCCGCCUGUCAAGAAGCUCAGGUGUUUGGCAAUCAACUCAUUCCUCCCAACGCACAAGUGAAGAAGGCGACGGUUUUUCUCAAUCCUGCAGCUUGCAGAGGCAAAGCAAGGACUCUAUUUGAAAAAAAUGCUGCCCCGAUUUUACACUUAUCUGGCAUGGAUGUGACUGUUGUUAAGACCGAUUAUGAGGGCCAAGCCAAGAAACUCCUGGAACUGAUGGAAAACACAGAUGUAAUCAUCGUUGCGGGAGGAGAUGGGACAUUGCAGGAGGUUAUUACUGGAGUUCUUCGAAGAGCAGAUGAGGCUUCCUUCAGUAAAAUUCCCAUUGGAUUUAUCCCAUUGGGACAGACCAGUAGUUUGAGUCCUACCCUCUUUGCUGAAAGCGGAAACAGAGUCCAACAUAUUACAGAUGCCACCCUUGCCAUUGUGAAAGGAGAGACUGUUCCACUUGAUGUCUUGCAGAUCAAGGGUGAAAAGGAACAGCCCGUGUUCGCAGUGACUGGCCUUCGAUGGGGAUCCUUCAGAGACGCUGGCGUCAAAGUUAGCAAAUACUGGUAUCUCGGGCCUCUAAAAACCAAAGCAGCUCACUUCUUCAGCACUCUUAAGGAGUGGCCUCAGACACAUCAAGCGUCCAUCUCGUACACGGGACCUACAGAGAGACCUCCCAGUGCCGCAGAAGAGAACCCUCCUCGGCCCUCUUUGUACAGGAGAAUAUUACGCAGGCUCGCGUCCUACUGGGUGCAGCCGCAGGAUGCCCUUUCCCAAGAGGUGAGCCCCAAGGUCUGGAAAGAAAUGCAGCUGUCCACCAUCGAACUGUCCAUCACGACGCGGAACAGUCACCUUGACCUGACGAGCCAAGAAGACUUCAUGAACAUCUGCAUUGAGCCCGACACGGUCAGCAAAGGAGACUUCAUAACCAUAGGAAGUAGAAAGGUGCGGGACCCCGGGCUGCGUGCGGCCGGCACCGAGUGUCUCCAGGCCAGCCAGUGCACUCUGCUGCUUCCCGAGGGAACGGGGGGCUCUUUCAGCAUCGACAGCGAGGAGUAUGAGGCGAUGCCUGUGGAGGUGAAGCUGCUCCCCAGGAAGCUGCGGUUCUUCUGCGAUCCCAGGAAGCGGGAACAGAUGCUGCCCAGCGCAGCCCUGUGAGCCACCAAGGUGGGGAGCCGGCCACCCCCACGCUGCACUUUAGGCCUCCGAUGGGACCAGAAGCCUCCCCUGUCCCCGCAGUGUUAUCCCAGGAUCCCAGGGCACCUCCAUGGCAAGUACCCUGCCCUCGCAGCGCUUCCCCUACUCCGAGCUUCCCCUACUCCGAGCUUCCCGCUAGCGCAUGCUCAGCCUUCGCUGCGCCCCUGCUCCCUCCUCCUGUGGUUUGGCCCAGGGGGUCCGGAGAGGCCCACCUGCGCAGGCUGGGACAGGGCUAGACCUCCUUGGGCCCCAUGCGUGCAGCCACAGUCCAGGCCUCCCUGGUCUUGCUCCCGGGACUUGAGGGGUGCGGGUGCCUGCCCUCUCCACUGCCGUCCUUUUUCUAGGCUUCUCCACGGGUGCUGCUACUUCCUGAGCUCAGAUUCGAAUUAAGCUUGUUUCAGGUCUACACUCAACCCAGCGGCCUGGGAGGGGUUUUGUCUUCAGCCUUCACUAAGAAACUGUAAAAGGCCAGUUUGUAUUAUUUUUUAAAGUAGUGCUUAACUAUGGGUUUGCAUGAGAACCACCUGGGAUGCAUGUUAAAAACGGACAGGCUUGGGGCUCACCCCAAACCUGGUCACUCAGUCUGGGAGUGGAGCCCAGGAAUCUGCAUUUGUAAAAAGCAGGCACCCUCCCCCAGGUGAUUCUACUCCAAGAGGUCCCCCAACCUCACCUGUUCACUGUUGUAAAGCAUAACCCCCCACUAUUAUGCUUACGCACCCCCAAGAGCAUUUUGAAAGAUCAUGUACCCCCUUCUAGAUAUCAACUUAAGAGUUGGCAAAGUUUGUGUUUCCUGCUGUCAUGUAAAUAUUAUUUUAAAAUAAAACUCAUAUCACUCUUUUAAA